GCCCAUCGCCGAUUGAAGCAGUGUGCCACGGCACUGUGGGCCUGUCUGCCAGCGGCAACUUCAGCCCCGCCCGCCCCAGCCUUGGCCCAGCGGGCUUCCCUGCCGCAGGCAUGUCACCGCCGCUUGUGGGAAUCGCCUUUCCGUUGCCACCCGGCAGCAGCCCGAUGGUGUGCAGCCCAGGCACAGCGGGCGCCGCUGGCUCGCACGAGCCGCAGCCCAAAUGGCCAGACAUGGCCGGCCCUGCCCAUGGGUGGGGCUGCUCCACGUCGCUGCCGCAGCACCUGCCCUCCAACCUCGGCCCGCACGCCAUGAGCCAGCAGCAAGGACUUGGGUUCGGGCUGGCAAGAGUGGCACCUGUCCGGCCGCGCCAAAUGCCCCUGGGCCAGCAGCUGGUGCAUCUACAGCACGGGUGGCGCGGCGGUGCGGGCGCCCAUUCCACCGGCAGCAGCGGGCCCAGCUCGCCGCUCCACCUGGUGGGCUCGCUCGACGGCGGUAGCGGCAGUGGCGGGGAUGGCGGGCCAUUUAGGCAGGGAUCAUUGUGUGAGGGUGAGGACCGGGAGGCUCUGGACGACGCCGCCGCUGCAGGCACUGCCCUUGCAGCAGCGGGCUCCCUUGACGAUGGGUGGCGGGCUGACCCGGGGGCGCUGUUCCGCAGCGGAUCGGCCGGCACGCUCAUCAUCGGUGGCGGCGGGAAUGUCGGCGGCAGUGGUGGCGCCGGCAUACCAGGAGGUGCAGGCAGCAUUAGCGCUCCAGGCAGCGCGACCGCGGCACCGGGCAAUGCCGCGCGGCUGAUUCCUGGCGGCGUCAGCAUUUGGUCAUACCAGCCUGCGGAUGCCGGGAAGCCUGGCGGCCUGGGCCUGGGCACCAGCCCUGUCGCCCGCGUGCUGUUCCCACAGGGUGGGGCGGCCAGCGUGGAUUCACAGCCGCCGUGUGCAGGCUUUGGCGGCGGGAAGGGCGCGCCGCAGACAGCGCUGCCGGACGGGCUGGAAGACCCGGCGGUGCAGAGGCGCAGCGGCUGCACUGCGGCUCAGCUGUUGCCCACUGAGGGCGAGCUGCUGAUGGCGAUGGCCGCCGCCGAGGCGCAGGAGGUGGUUACAUCACGCAAGUUCUUUUGA